CCCCCCUUGGGUGCGCCGCUGACUAGUUUGCGCAAGAUGUAAGAAGUUCGAACUGAAAAAGCUAAUGAUCGAAAUCAAAUGUUCAGACUGCCAAACAAACCUGGCACUAUGAACCGGCAGGCGGGAAAGCAGUGAACGAUUUCAUGAAUGGUUUCUGUACACUUUCCAUAAUAGUUUCAGAAUCCAACAACUAGAACCUUUCAAAAAUUUUACAGAAUUUUGCCAAUUUACGAAAAUUGGACAAAACUAAUGGGGUACGCCACGAUGGAAAAAGCUGGGCGUUUAUUUAAUUUUUUCUCCGCAUUUGCUUGAAACAACAGUACGAUCGCGUGCUCAUCAAUUGAAUCAGAUUAUCUGAAUUAUCAUUUUUGACAAAGUAAAUAUGAGAAAAACUGUUGACUUUAUAAGUGCAUUGACAUUUUGCUGCCAUUGUAAAGCAAUUGGUCAAUUCUUUCACCAUUUGUUUUCCUACGUCGUUCUGGUAGCGUUCGUAGGCUUGUACUUAUGCUUCAUGUUUGCGCACAUAUUACUAACAAAAUCAGCUAAAAAACAUCAGAGACAAUGAUUUUACCAGCACGAGGAAUCAACCUAUCCACUCACAUUAUGUUCUUGUGGUUUUUGUUUGUUGUUUUAACGAAGCUUCUUCUUCGGGAAUUCCUCCUCUAUUGCAAAAAGACGAAGUCAAAACUGCGACGUUAUCAAAACAUACGUUUUAAUUCACCUGAAAACAGAAUCAUGUCUGGUUUUCAAUUGUGUAAGGAACUUAAAUACGCCUGUGGUGUAUGCAUGCUGAGAUAAAUUAACAUAUCAAGAAUAACUCAAUUAAAAAUAAAAGUUAUUACUAUGGGAGUAGAAUACGUUAGGGAAAAUUACAUUUUGCUUUCAAGAAAAAAAACGAUACUUGUAAAUAGUGUAGUCCGUAAAGGAGAACCGCAGAUCCUUCGUUGUCGUCGAGAGUUCUUUCGUUGAAAACGGUUCUCAUGUUUGAGUUUGUGUGGCUUAGUCUAUAGGAAAGCGUUAUAUUAUAGGGAAAAAGGGAAAGACUAUACCUUGUGCUCGAGAGUCAUGUAAAACAAGACUGUGUGUACGUGAUGGUGAUGUGAAUAAAACAUCGUAUCUGUUUGUUUAAUAUUCGCCAUAUGUUCAAAAAAUACGCUGCCGCUUCCUGUCUUUUGUGACAAGGGAGUAUACAUUUUGUAAAUUGGUAGGGUUAUUUCAUUGUCGGUGAUUUUAUGCAAACUUAUCAGAUUUCUCCAGAUGUGAUCGAGUUCAUUUCCAAGUUCUGUGAUCAGUCCUAGUCUUCAUUAGAUUGAUUGAACCAACAGUAGCAAAGGAAUGUCAAAGCUUGUCACUUGGUUUGAUUGACAGCUCUUGUUGGUACUUUCGGCUUAAAAAGUCGUCAUCGGCAAACGGUGAUCUAAUAAAAGUGCUAUCGUUGAACAGGACAAUUGCUAGUAUAGCACUUAACAAUAAACUACUUUUUCAAUAAAAACACGCUACCAAGUGCAUUGACGAAAGUCUGGUAGUUAAACUCGCUAAGUUUUGGGAGGGCAAGACAAACUCAAAAUCCGAACUCGGAUCCAACUGUGUGGUUUUCAUGGCGUAUACUGAAUGUAUUGGGAGGCAUUGAACGGCAUUGCACGAGUAAACUGCAUGUUUGUAUCGUGAGUAAUUUGCAUAAGGAACUUCGCUUCCGCUUUAAUUCUCUAUUAAUUUGUACACAUUUAUGCAUUUUUAUGCAUUCAACAUGCCAUAAGGUUUCUUCUUUCAGUUUUAUGACAUAAAUAAUACAUUUAUCGUAUAAUUCAUAUCUCUCCUUUCAUGUUGAGCCACAAGGUUUCAGAGUCGAUGUUUUGGUUGCGAGACGAUCGACUCGCUGCUUUAGUUUCUUCCCAUUUUCGACUUAAUCAUCACGACGAAGUUUGUUUUCGGAUUUGCCCUGUGGACGAAGUUGUAUGUAGGCAAUCGACAAUGGGUUCUACCUUGAUCACCGUAAUCAAUUAUUCUGGAGCUGUUAUUUUAGUCCUGGCUGUGUUGGAGAAUCUGCUGGUGAUGGUGGUGUUAGCAGCAACCAGCCAUCUCCGCAUCAAGUACUUCGCCUUCGUCUUCAGUCUCGCCCUGGCCGACCUGGCGUUUUCUGUGAUGGCAAUUGUCUAUGCCCUAAACAGGGCACGAUUCCUUUCUGCCCUUCUUCAGUCGAGUUUCUUCGUUUCCGUGCUGAUGAUUUUAGCAGUGGCUGUGAACCGCUACCUGGCACUGACUAUCACGCCGCCCUCUCGCUAUGACGCGUUGGUGACGCGAUGCCGCCUGGUAGUGGUUUGCCUUCUCCUUUGGUGUUUCUCCCUCGCACUUCACUUGCCGGUAGUCUUGGUGGCAUCUGACGAGGUUCGCUUGAUUCUAUCAGCGUGGUCUAGAUCUAUGUUAGUACUCGCUGUGUGGAUCGUGACCGCUGUGCUGUACCGCUUCGUCUUCAGAAAGAUCAAGAGCUACGUUCCCCCGCUUGCAUCAAGCCCAGGUCUCUCCAUCCCUGAUGACUCGGAACAGGCCGCUACUCGUGUUCGUCAGACCCGUCGCCUGUUGGUCACUUUCUCCAUCAUUCUUGUGACAUCAUUCAUUUGUUGGAUCCCUUUCAACGUCGGCCAGAUAAUGGAGUAUUUCAUCAAAACUGGUCAGAGCACAAUCUCCGACGAUACCUUCAAUAACUACAACUGGGUUUGCGGUUUUAUUUAUUGUCUGUCUCCAGCUAUCAACCCGCUAAUCUACUGGUGGCGUUUGGAUGGUUUCAGGCAGGGCUUCAAAGAACUGUUCUGUCGCUGUCUGCUUCAGAAUCAAGAACAACUUGUGGAAACGGUUGAUGGUAACGAAAACCAGCAAAAUACCGAAUCCACGCAUUGGAUAAAAAAUGACAACAAAUAGUUUGUCGAGUGUUGCCUGACUCGCCUCAUAAUUUGGUUAUUUUUCUUCAUAUAAUGUUUCAAUUCUAUCACCAUUUGAUUUCCGCCGGUAUCUUGCUGAAGUUCGUAGUCGUGUAUAUAUACAUGUUUAUGUUUGCGCACAUAAUUUCUAUCAACAUCUACAAAGAAAUAUCAGUGACAAUCAUUUUGCCCACACGAGGAAUCGAUUUUGGUUCCCUCAAAUAUGCUCCUCUUUUUUGAACGAAGCUCGUGCAAAUUCCUGUUUAAACACAAAGUCCUCUAUCGCAAAAAAAGGUCAAAGCUGUGGAGUUAAGUCAACAAUAAGUUUUAAUUCGUCUAACAUUACACGCAGUAGUUUAGUUUUGGGAGAGGUGUUCUCGGAUGCAGUCUUGGCGUUCCAUACGUCGCCCGCCGACUUUCAUAUUAAAGUCACACGCCAACGUUCAAAGGUAG